UAUCAUUGGAAGAAUCUGAGCAUCAACUCAAAUCCGAAUAUUCACUUCAGCAACAUUUAGCAAAUAAUUUAAUUGAUCUAUAUAUUAAUUUACCAUCAAAAAAUCGAUAUCGUCGGCCGGCUAGUUAUAUGAGUAGGGGUUAUCGCACACGUAGGAUGGCCGUAGACUACGAUAUUCCUUUGAUAACAAAUGUCAAAUGUGCAAAAUUAUUUAUAGAAGCGCUUUCUCGUGAAAACGAUUUUGAAAUUUUAAAUAUUGACUACAAGACGUGCCAUAAGAGGAUGUCAUUACCAGGUCUUAUUAAUGUUUCAACAUUCAUACCUCAUGUCGCAGAAUCUGAUAAUGAUGAUUUUGCACAAAUUACUAAGGCGUCACUUGCAGCUGGAUUUACCACCAUAAAUAUAUUGCCACUAGGAUUGAAUGAGUCAUUGAGAAACGCGAGAACAAUUGAAGUCGCACAUAAUAACAGUCGCAAUAAUGCACAUUGUGAUUUUUCGUUGUCAGUUAUCGUCACAGAGAACAAUGCUCAGGAAUUGAUGGCUGUAGUACCAGAUGGUGCAUCAUCUUUUAUUCCGUUCAAAAACAUUCAAGCUGAUAUGAUACCUAAAAUGGCCACCGUUUCUAAGCAUCUAAGCACUUGGCCUCCGCAUUCUCCUAUAGUCACUGAUGCUAAGGGAACAGAUUUGGCAUCUGUUUUAUUAUUGGCAAGUUUACAUAAUCGUGCGGUGCAUGUAACCGACGUAAGUACUAAAGAAGAUAUUGUUUUAAUUGCUUUAAGCAAAGAGAAAGGUCUAAAGGUUACAUGCGAUGUCUCGGUAUAUGCUUUAUUUUUGAACUCCAAUGAUAUGAAUGGCAGUGAAAGUAUUUUACCUAGCUUGUCUGAUCAAGCAGCUUUAUGGGAAUAUUUGGAAAGUAUCGAUUGUUUUAGUGUUGGAACUCUACCAUAUCGACUAUCGCAAUCAUUUGGAUUUGAUGUUCCAGCAAGUACUGGUAUAGAAGAAACAUUACCUUUAUUAUUAAAUGCCGUUAACGAUGGAAAAUUGACAUUAGAUGAUAUUAAAACACGUCUUUACACUAAUCCUCAAAGUAUUUUCAAUAUACCGGAGCAACCAGAUACUUCUGUAGAAGUAGAAAUUGAUCGAAAGGUAAUAAUGUCGCAAAAAGAAGGUGGUUGGUCACCAUUUAUCGGAAAGACAUUAUCGGGUGCAGUUAGUCGUGUAGUUUUAAGAAGGGACACUGUUUAUCUCGAUGGUGGAUCAUACUCUGUUGGUACCUGUGGCAAUGACAUUUCAAAUUUGAUUCAUGUUAUUGCGAAAACUCCAGUUAUUAAAGAAUCAUUCGCAAGUAAAGAAUCGUCUCAAGCUCAGCAGCAGCCACAUCAGCAACCAUCACAGCCUGUUGUUAGUCAUGUUCCGGAUAUUUUGUCACCUACACUUACACCGAGAGAGUUUGGUCUUAAAUCAAUGGCUUCUGAUUUGUUUUCUCUUGAUUUGCCACACGCGGUCUUACCGACCAUUACAUCAAAUAUAAAUCAAACACGUUUCUUCCGACAACAUAUUCUCACUGCUAAAGAUUUCUCACGUAAUGAUCUUCACUUAUUGUUUGGUGUGGCUCACGAAAUGCGUACUCUAGUUGAACGUUAUGGAUCAGUAAAUUUACUUCAGGGUCGUGUUAUGUUUACACUUUUUUUUGAACCAUCUACAAGAACAUCAGCUUCUUUUGAAGCGGCAAUGAAUAGAUUAGGUGGUCGAGUGGUUGCAAUCAAGACAGAUUCGUCUUCAGUUGCAAAGGGCGAAUCGUUAGCAGAUACUAUACGGACGGUGGGAUCAUAUGGGGACAUUAUUAUUUUGAGGCACCCGGAACCCGGUAGUAUUAAAACUGCAGCAAGAUAUUCGCCUGUUCCGAUUAUUAAUGCAGGAGAUGGCAUUGGAGAACAUCCUACCCAGGCUUUUCUCGACGUGUACACUAUUCGAGAAGAACUUGGAACUGUUAAUGGGUUAACUGUUACGUUAGUUGGUGACUUAAAAAAUGGUCGAACGGUCCAUAGUCUAGUUAGAGUAUUAUCUCAAUACCAAGUUGCCCUUAAUUAUGUUAGUCCCACGUCAUUACGUAUUCCUGACGAAAUCAAAACGGAAGUUCGCAAAAGAGGAGUAAGGCAAAAAGAAUAUACAGACUUAGAAAGUGUACUUGCAGAGACUGAUGUACUUUAUGUGACACGAAUUCAACGUGAGCGAUUUACAGAUCCGAUUGAAUAUGAACGGGUUAAGGAUUCCUAUACAAUAAAUAACGCUACAUUGAGUCGUUCUAAACCAAACAUGAUUGUAAUGCAUCCAUUGCCACGAGUGAAUGAAAUUGAUCCAGAGGUAGACUUUGACGAUCGUGCUGUUUACUUCCGACAGAUGAAGUAUGGAAUGUUUGUAAGAAUGGCAUUAUUAGCUAUGGCGUGGACAAUAUUAAUAAGGCAUGUGGCAUCAACUCUAAUUGCGUUAAUAGGGCCAGAUUUAUUGAAUGUACACCAGAGCUAUGUUCCUAUGGCUCUUACUGCCAAAACCGAUGAACCAAUUGAAACUCCCGUAGAAAUAAACAAUUUAGAAUUUCACAUGGAUAAAUACAUGAGUGAAGGAUUGUGGCGGACCUAUUUUCCACCGUCCGAUACAAGCGAGCAAGAAUGGCUAGUAGGAGGUCAAACUAGGACUGGUAUAUUUGCUAGUCGUGAUAUAUCAGAUGAUGAUGAAUUAACAAUUGAUUACACCAAACCAUCAAUAGGUUAUGGAAUGCCAUGUAAGAUGAAAGAGCAAAAUGGUACAAAUAUGACUCCAGAGGAAGUCCGUCCACUUGAAGAUAAUCAAGGAAUUUUUAAUUACAUUGGACGUAUGCUACAAGCUGUCUAUAGGCCAGAUUUGGCAACUCAAGUGCUCCGUAGUUUAGAAACAGUGGAAAUAUACCCUGAAAAGAAACCAAAAACACCUGAUUCUAGUAGUGCACUUGGAUCCGCAUCCAUAUUGUCUGCGAGUUCAUCUUUACAACCAAGCAACGAAGAGCCUGGUUCUUCACAUAAUGCUAAUGCUAGCGUGAAAAUUAAUGAUGUUGAAUCAGUUACUGGCACAUCGAUACAGCCACCUUCCUCAGUUACUGCUUCUGACGAAGGUUCGUCCACUCACACAUUUGAUAAGGAUAAAUUCCGUGGGGAGUUUGCAGCGGCAGUAGUUGAAUACUCUGAACGAUUCAAAAGUCAAAUCGAGGAACGCACUCUAAACAAACAUGUAAACAAGUGCAUUGAACUCUGCUUUGGCAAAGAAAUGCGCUUAACAGAAGUAGGAAGUGUUACAUCAAGUGUUCGUAAUCGUAUCGCAAAGUUUUUGGAUGAAUAUAUGAAAAAAUUGAUCAUUUCGAUUAAGGGAGCGAAAAACGAUAAGGAAAAGAAAGAAAAGGGAAAAAAGAAGAGGAAAGAAAGAGAUGAAACUGGGGACAAUUACA